GCGACUUCCUGUACAAGGACUCUUGCUAUCACUUUGAGGGGGUGAUGCGAACUUGGGAGGGGGCCGAGACAUUCUGCGGAAUAUGGAAAGGUCACCUGGCCAGUGUCCUCUCAUGGGACGAGGGCAAAUUCUUGGCUGCUCACGCGCCAUAUGCAGGAGGAUACCAAUCUUGGGUGGGACUCAAGAAGAACAAGGGCAACUUUGAGUGGAGCGACGCAACACCUACAGGCAACAUCGAGUGGGUCCCAAACAGGCCGGCCGGACGUGGCGACUGCGCUUCCUUGUCGCAGACUGGAAAACUUGAGGACCGGCCCUGCACCAAUGCUCGGCCAUUCAUCUGUAAAAAAGCCAAGGUCCAAGACUUUGUUCUUCCUCUGCCGGCAGGCUGGAGUGCAAAGUGCGGCUGGUGGCUGGAGCGAUCCUCCUCCGACUUCUGCUACCUGAUUCAACGCAAACGCACCAAGAUGUGGGAGGAGGCGCGAGACGACUGCCUUCACCGCGGAGGCGACCUGCUCAGCAUCGCCGACUCACAAGAACACACCUUCAUACAAGGUAUCUACACUUCUCUGCCAAGCGCUCCCUCUCUGUGGUUGGGCGUCAACAACAACGUCACGAAAGACGGCAGCGGGUGGACUGACGGAUCCCCGUUUGGUUACGUCGUCAUGGACGGAGAUAACCCCGGUGACCCCUCUGGUGCGUCCUGUCUUUCCCUGCUCACAAGCAACGGCCGCUGGAAGUUUGACGAUUGCCGGAAGAAGAGAGGCUACAUCUGCAAGAAAAGAGGAAACACGCCAAAACCGCCGCGGCCUCAUGACGGCUUUAAGGAGAUCCUUGUCUGCGACAAGCAUUCUGCUGACCUCGUGUGUGAGGCUGAGGGUCAGAAGCAAAGCCGCAUCACUAUCCAGUCCGCCUUUUACGGUCGGGGGAGUGACAACGUUUGCCAGGAGGACGCAGACUCAAACGACGACUACUCAAACGACGACUACUCAAACGACGACUACUCAUUCGACGACGACGACUCAUUGGAAAACGAGACCACCUGCUCAGUGGAAGGCAUCGUCCCUCUCUACAGGAAAAUGUGCAACAGCCAGCAAAAAUGCCACAUUGAGGUUUCGGAGGACGAGUCCUGCCCUGCCCCCUCCAAAUAUCUGCAGAUGGUCUAUAGCUGUGAACAGAAAGUGUGUCUCGACAGUCUGGGCAUCGCCGACGGCAGCGUCGCAGACUCUUCCUUCAAAGCCUCCUCCUCAAUGGAAGACGCCACCCCAGAUAAAGCCCGCCUCAACGGGGAGUCCUGCUGGAAGCCGUCAAAAAAUGGUGCCUAG